GCAUUCUUUCUUUCUUAGGCAAUUUCAGAUAUUAGCCAUUAAUCCGAGAGCAGAAAGACAACUGAAGGGAACAAAAAUAUAACCUGGAAAAUCAUUUUACUCUUGUUAUCUCCCUCAUGGAUGCCUACAGGGACGAGCCAAGGCAGUCAGAUUCCGCACGCAUAGUUUCCACAUCCACCACUCUUCUUCCAUUUCCAGAUUCUCUAAAGCUGAGUCUAAAAAUUUACAACAUAGGCGCAGAAGCGGCACAAGAAGAAGAUGAUCAUGACCAAAAAGCAGGAGAGGAAGGUAUAAGGCUUGACCUUACGCUAGCAGAAUAUGACUAUAGUCAACCACAGCUCAAUCAAGAACUCAAUCUCAUCGACAGCUUAGACACGAAUGUAGUCACUCCGAGUAAUAACGGAUCAAGUUCCACUGAGCAGAAGCUCUUCUCAUGCAACUACUGCCAAAGAACGUUCUACAGCUCACAGGCGCUUGGUGGUCACCAAAACGCCCACAAAAGAGAGAGGACUUUGGCAAAACGAGGGCAACGGAUGGCAUCUGCCGCAGCUUUUGGGCAUCCAUAUGGUUUUGCUCCGGUCCCGUUCCACGGACAGUACAGCAGCAGAUCCUUGGGUAUUCAGGCUCACUCAAUGAGUCACAAGCUAAGUUCAUAUACCGUCUUCGGUGGUGAGUAUGGUCAGAUCAACUGGUCAAGGAUACCACUUGUUCAGCAACCAGCCAUAGGUAAACUGUCUUCAACAGAGAAUCAUCAUCAGAUGAUGAUUGCUCCAUCGUUGACUUCAACAUGUGAAAACUUCCGUAGGUUCGAUGUGGGAAGGACUCCAGUGGAGUUUCCAACUUCCGAACUAUGGCGAAGAGGCGGGGAAUUGUUGAAGCCUGCUGAAGAAGAGCAGCAGAAGAAUCUUGACCUGUCCCUCAAACUCUGAGAUUCUUUUCUUUUGGUUUUGCUCUGAAAUUGUUUUCCUCGAGCCAAGCCUCUGCUCGAGUUUUGUUUUCUUUA